AUGAUAACUUCAAGCGAACCCUGGUUUCCGUAUUCAUUUUCUUCACUUUUUUUAGUUCUUUGGUUGUACUUUGCAGAUCAAUUUUUUCCGGUGCCCGUGAUUUUACGAGCACAUCACCGAUCAUACUCAAGCCAUCUCUUUCGCUCUUUCUUUAACGUCUUUGUCGCGCGCCUAGCCUCCCGGCACAGCGCAAUUCCCUUUGUACCGAGGCCUAUGUUUCAGCGUCUGUGCUCCCCCAUACCUGGCUCUGGCUUUGGAAAUCCCAACUUGGCGUGUUUGUUGGCAGAUACCGACCAUCCAUCUAUCCAUUAUUACUGA